AUGAAUAAUACCUGUUCUGAAAAUGGCAUUUGCCAAGAUUACAAUCAUUGUAAUUGUAGCUCUGGGUUUACUUCUUCAAAUUGUUCAAUUCCUAUUUGUUUCGGUUCGAAUGCCACUGACGAAACAGUAUGUUCCUCACAUGGUCAAUGUCUUUCUCCUAAUAAUUGUUCCUGCAGUGAUGGAUACAUGCAUUCAGAUUGUUCUCAUCCAAUUUGUUUCGGGCUUGAAUCAACUAAUCGAAACUCUUGUUCUACUCAUGGCACUUGCAUUUCACCAAAUUCAUGUCAAUGUGAUGGCAAUCAUGUAGGUGACAUGUGCGAAAUUCCACUUUGUUUCAAUAUCCCGGCCAAUCAUAACUCAACUUGCAGCUCAAGUGGAAAAUGCAUUGGUGUGAAUUUGUGUGAAUGUUAUGGAAAUUUCACAGGAAUGAACUGUUCUGUUCCAAUUUGUUUUGAUGAGAAUUCAACUUCCAUUAUGAGUUGCUCGUCGAGAGGAAGAUGUAUUGGACCCAACCUGUGUGAAUGUCAAGUUGGAUAUACUGGUAGCGUUUGUGAGUAUCCUGUUUGUUACGGUUUCUAUUCGGAAGAUGUAAAUUCAUGUUCAGGACAUGGAGAAUGUAUUGACUAUAACAAAUGUCAAUGUGAAAAUGGGUACGUUACUGAGAAUUGUUCCAUUCCUGUGUGUUUUGGUUUGAAUAGUUCAGAUUCCAAUGUUUGUGCUUCCCAUGGCGAUUGCUUGUCACCAAAUAAUUGUUCAUGCCAUGAAGGAUUUACAUCAAUCAAUUGUUCCAUUUCAAUUUGUUAUAAUUCACCUGCCACUGACCCAUUUGCAUGCAAUGGAAAAGGAAAUUGUGUAAAUCCAAAUGAAUGCGCCUGUCAAGAAGGUAACAUAGGAUUACAAUGUGAGAUUCCACUUUGUUUUGGCGUGCCAUCAAAUGAAACUCAGUCUUGUAGUGGUAAUGGAGAAUGUAUUCAAUAUAAUGAAUGUAUGUGUCAUUCAAAUUUUACAGGACUCAAUUGUUCCAUUCCAAUAUGUUUUGGUAUAAAUGCCACUGAUCAAAGUCACGUUUGUUUUUCACAUGGUAUUUGUCAAGAACCAGAUCAGUGUCAGUGUCAUGAAGGAUAUACUGGAAUACAAUGUGAAAUUCCAAUUUGUUUCAAUAUUCCAGCAACCAAUUCCAGUACCUGUGCAUCCAAUGGAGUUUGCAUUGAUUUCAAUAAUUGUUCUUGUCUUGAUGGAUACACUUCGGAAAAUUGCUCCCUCCCAAUAUGUUAUGAAUUGGAUUCUGGUAAAUCAAUGGUUUGUUCUUCACAUGGUCAAUGUUUGGCUCCAAAUAAUUGUACAUGCCUUGAAAGAUUUACAUUCGAUAAUUGCUCCAUUCCAAUUUGUUACAAUAUUGAUGCUUCAAAUAGUUCAGUAUGUAGUGGAUUUGGUGAAUGUUCUUCUCCAAAUAAUUGCAAAUGUCAUGAAAAUCAUAUUGGAUUACAAUGUGAAAUUCCACUUUGUUUUGGAAUUCCAUCAAAUGAAACUCAGUCGUGUAAUGGUAAUGGACAAUGUAUUCAAUAUAAUGAAUGUGUGUGUAAUUCAGAUUAUACAGGAAUAGACUGUUCAAUUCCAAUAUGUUUUGGAAGUAAUGCCACCAACCUAACUGUUUGUUCUUCGCAUGGUAUUUGUCAAUCACCAGAUCAAUGUCAAUGCCAAGAAGGAUACACAGGUACCAACUGUGAAAUUCCCAUUUGUUUCAACAUUCCAGCUAAUGAUUCCAGUACAUGUUCAUCCAAUGGAGAGUGCAUUGAUUUCAAUAAUUGUUCUUGUCAUGAUGGAUACACUUCAGAAAAUUGUUCAAUUCCAAUAUGUUUCAAUUUGAAUAGUACUGAUUCUAGUGUUUGUAACUCUAAUGGAAUUUGUACUUCCCCUGACAAGUGUCAAUGCCAAGAAAAUUUCACAGGUGAAAAUUGCUCAAUUCCAAUAUGUUUCGGAUUGGCAGCAAACUCAAGCGGGGCAUGCUCCGCAUCUGGAAGUUGUGUUUAUCCCAAUACAUGCCUCUGCAACCAAGGAAUCAUUGGCAUUAAUUGUGAAAUACCUUCCUGUUUUGGAAUAUUCCAAAAUAAUAGCCAAUCCUGCUCAGGAAAUGGAAUUUGCAUUGAACUGAACAAAUGCUCAUGCUACCUAAACUUCACAGGUGAAUCCUGCUUAAUUUCUGCAUGUAAUGGUAUUGCCUCUAAUGAUAGCUCUGUUUGUUCCGGAAAAGGAAAAUGCACAGCUCCAAAUCUUUGUGAAUCAUGUGAGGAAAAUUACUUUGGAGAAUGGUGUGAAAUUUCACAAUGUUUUGGAAUAUUCUCGAAUCAGAGUCAAGUUUGUUCUGAAAAUGGAAAGUGUGAAUCUUACAAUAAUUGUAAUUGCUCAAUGGGUUAUGUUGGGGAAAAUUGUAAUAUUCCUGUAUGCUUUAAAAUUAAUUCAACCGAUGAAAAUGUUUGUAAUUCUAAUGGAAUUUGUACUUCUCCUGAUUUGUGUUCAUGUAAUUCCAAAUAUGGAGGUUUAGAAUGUUCAGAACCGAAAUGUUUUGGAAAAACAACAUUAGAAGGUGCAUGCAGCUCGAAAGGUAAUUGCACACAACCAGAUUCAUGUACUUGUGAGAAAGGUUUCUUUGGUAUUUCAUGUGAAUUGCAUUCUUGUUUUGGAAUUCAAUUGAAUGAUUCGAGUGUGAUUUGUUCUGGACAUGGUGAAUGCAAAUCUCUGGACGAAUGUGAAUGUGACAGUGGUUACUUAGGUGAAUCAUGCUCCAUCCACACCUGUUUUGGGAUUACAUUCAAUGAGAGUGGUGUUUGCAGUGGAAAUGGAAGUUGCUCAAGUUUGGACAACUGUACCUGUUAUGGAGAUGGAAAAUUCUAUGCAAAUUGUACUUUAAUUCCAAGUGAUUCUCCAAUAAUUGAUAGUGAUGUACCUUCGAAUCAUACAGAAAUAUCCAAUAAUUCAAGUUCUUAUCCAAAUUGCUUUAACAUUUCGGCAAAUCAUUCGAAUGUUUGCAAUGGAAAUGGAAAUUGCACAAGUGAAAAUGAAUGCAAAUGCAGAGAGGGAUAUUUUGGUGGGGAAUGUUCUCUAUUUGCAUGUUUUGGAAAGGAAUCAGCUGAUUCAAGUGUUUGUUCAUCCAAUGGAAUAUGCGCGAGUCCAAAUACUUGUAAAUGUCGACCAGAAAGAUAUGGCUCUCAGUGUCAACUUGUCAAAUGUUUUGAAAUUCUUUCUAAUCAGUCCAAUGUUUGUUCCAGUAAGGGUUCAUGUCAAGAUACCAACGCAUGCAUAUGUAAUGAGGGCUAUUUCGGCCCCAUGUGUAAUAUCACAAGUUGUGAAGGAAUUUUGAGUAAUAAUUCUCAAGUUUGUAAUGGAAGUGGACAAUGCACUCAUUACAACACUUGCCAAUGUAAGGAAGGAUUCAUUGGAUUGAACUGCCAAUUCACCAAAUGCAACUCUACAUCGUGUAGGCAUGGAAGUUGCAUCACUACCUCUCAGUGUGAAUGCGAAAGUGGAUGGACAAGCUCGGAAUGCAAUCUUCCUAUUUGUUACGAUUUGUUGGCAAGUGACUCGAAUGUUUGUUCUACACAUGGCAAAUGUAUAGCUCCAAAUAAGUGUAACUGCUCCACAAAUCCAUUGUACAUGGGUGAUAAGUGCCAAUACUUACAAUUAGAUAGUUUGCAAUGUAGUAUUAAUCCAUCACUCAAUUUGAUACCAAUUGAGUGGACAAUUUCAGGAUUGGAUAAAAUAACAUUUGAUAUGAGCUCGAAGGAAAUACUUGUUAGAAACAGUAUCCCAUACAGUACAUCUCUCCAUUCCAAAUCAAAAUUCAACUACGAGCUCAAUAUUUACAACACUGGAAAGCGAUCUUUCAAUUAUCAAAUUAAUUCAUUCUGUGAAAAUGGAAUUUCAUUCAAACAAUUGGGAAUUUCUUCUCAAUUCGGAUUAUUACAAGAAGGAAACAAUGCAAAUAUUAAGGAUUUACAAAAUAUUGGAUUUGCUCUCUUUUGGAAUGAUGAAAGUUUGAAAUAUGAAGAUAUUAAAUGUCAUGUCGAAUUAAUAGUCAAUCCGAAAGAUCAAUUCGAUGAAUGUCAACACUACGAUUCGAAUACUGAAACAUCCUCCAAAUAUAAUAUUACUCUCAUAUUGGAACGUACAAAUGUUUGUCAAUUUUUGAAAGAAACAGAUUUACCACUGACCUUUUCAAGCACUCAAUUGUCAACCAUGAGUGAAAUAGCUCUAAUUGAUGAAAAUAUUCUUUCAGAUAACGAUAUUCUCAAAAUUAUUAAUACAUUCACUCAAAAGAGGAAUAACUGGCAAAUAAUUAAUAAGGACAACAGUACUCUUCAAGCUAACAUCUUGUUAACUGCCCAGUUGAGUAAUCCAAACAAUGAAUUGGGACUUUUUGUUCCAUCUCUGAUAUGUAAGGAUGAAAGAAUUGUUGAUGACAUAGAAUUUACCACAGAAUAUCUUUCCAAUCAAUCUCCAUUCUCCAUUUCUCACUCUCUACAAAAGAUUCAAUUCCAAUUCAAUGUUACAAUUAAGAAUGUUUCGAAUUAUGUUGAUUAUGGUAGAGUGAGAGGAGGAAAGGAAGGAAUGGCAACAGUUCUCAUUGAGGACAUGCUCCUUAAUUGUUCUCUCAUUCUCCUACCAAAUCCAUCUGAGUGUUGGUCCAACACGAAUAGAAAUUCCACAUUCUCCAAAUAUAUCAUUUCACACUUUACACUGCCAAUUGUUUCUGGUGAAUUUUCAUUCUUCCAAGCUGUGAGAUCCUUCGAAAUAGGUAUCAUUACACUUACCUACACUUGUAUGGGCAUUGGUUUUGCAUCCAUGAUAUGCACGACCAAAGUUCCUCGAGAUCGAAAACAUUCUCUGCUCCAACUUGUAGAAUUUGUCAAGGAAAAGAGAAGAAACAAACUCAACUCUACAUCUGAUGACUCCAAACCACUCCUAGAGAAUCAAAUUGAUAGGCCAUACUGUGAAAAUUGUGGUCAUCACACUCGGAAGAAAGCUCGUUAUGCCAUUCGUGUGGAAAAUUAUGAUGCUAAUUGCGAAAUGUUCAUUUGUGAGAAUCAGGUAUGUUUUGAAGCCAUGAUCUCUCUCCACAAUAGAGGAUACUCCCAUCACUAUCAAUGUUUCGACUUGGAUAAAGAAGAAGAUUGUCAACUCAUGAUUGAAACACCAUUCAAGACACUUGCUGAUAAUUUUGAUGAGUCGGAUAUUUAUGAAUCUAUGGAUAUUGAAUUUCCAAUACCUUCCGAUAUCAAUGAUGAUGAAGAAGAUGACUCUGAUUUAUUCUAA